AGUUGCGCCGCUGCUUCUCAUCUGGAUUUUAUAGCUCAGCAAUAAACAUUCUCUUCCCAUGAUUCCCUGGGCUUAACUUUUAGUAAGUGAUGAACCUGCAGGACGGACAGACUUCUCCAAGGUUCUCAUUGGAUUUCUAGUGUGGCCCCUCAGCUCUGGUUCCAUGUGUUCAUGCUGGUAGAGAAGAUACAUGUGGGGCCCAUCUUCUUCUGUCAUUCAUCUUCAUUCCCUUCUACAGAUAUUGGGGUGAGGGAGGAUCAGCAGCCCCUGACAAUAGCACACGGGAGUUUGAGAGGCACCGAAUGUGGAACAGGAACACGCAGGAGGCAAAAGACUAUGACAGUUCCCUGAAAGACGCCAUAUUGGACAGAGAUCAUGUGUAUAUUUAAUGCAUCCAACUCCAGCACCAGUUUCAUCCUCACCGGGAUUCCUCACCUGCAAGAUCAAUUCUGGGUCGGGUUCCCCCUGUUCCUCAUGUACCUCGUGGCCAUCUUCGGGAACUGUAUCAUUCUUUACAUCAUCAAGGUGGAAGAGGAUCUCCGUGAGCCCAUGUAUAUAUUCCUUUGCAUGCUCUCUGUCAUUGACCUUCUCUUAGCCAACACCACCAUGCCCAGAAUGCUGGGUAUCUUCUGGUUUAACUCAACUGAGAUCUUCUUUGAUUCAUGCCUACUUCAGAUGUUUUUCAUUCAUUUCCUCUCGGCACUGGAGUCUGGGAUCUUAGUGGCCAUGGCUGUGGACCGUUAUGUGGCCAUCUGUCACCCCCUUAGAUACUCUUCCGUUUUCACUGAGGAAACAAUCAUCAAAAUCAGCCUUAUCAUUCUACUCAGGGGAGCUCUGGUCAUGAUCCCUAUCCCCCUACUCAUCAAGAGACUACCCUUCUGUGAAAACAAUGUUCUUACUCAUUCCUACUGCUUACACCAGGAGCUCAUGAAGUUGACUUCCGCAGAUAAUAAGGUCAACGUGGUGUAUGGACUGUUUAUUAUCCUGUCCAUCAUGGGAAUUGAUUCCUUAUUCAUCGCCUUGUCCUACUUGUUGAUCAUCAGAGCGGUGGUUGACCUUGUGGAAGAGGCCAGUCUUAAGGCGUUUAGCACUUGUGCAGCCCAUAUAUGUGCCGUGCUAGUCUAUUAUAUCCCUCUCAUCGGCCUGUCGGUGGUGCACAGGUUUGGAAUAAAUGAGGUUUUCCCAACAUUACAUAUUUUCUUUGGUAAUGUCUACCUCUUGGUGCCUCCUGUCAUAAACCCCAUCGUUUAUGGCAUAAAAACAAAGGAAAUCCGCUCUAGACUGAGAAAAAUAUUCUGCAGCAAGAAACACUGGAUCAAAACCGGCGGGGACCUGUAGUGGAGAAAACAACAGAACUUUUGUAAUAAUCAUAGGGUUUCGCUAGCUUUGAAAUCUUAUUGGUUGGAUAUUUAUCCAAUGAAGGUUGGACAGUGACCUCUAAAUAGUCAUCAGCCAAUGACACUUUAUUGUUUGGGUCAUGCAAUCCUCUUGAAUUUGCAUCGUACCAAACGAUGACCAUAUAAAAAAGUGGGUUUGACCGAAAACAGUUGAUUUUGGCAGAUUUGUGGUGUCUCAGCGUGUUAGUAGAACUUUAGUCUUUGAUGUAUGUGGAACACUAAUUAGCUGAUAUCAUCUCAAGAACAUCACUCAUCAGACCACUAAAGAUGUGGCCAAGUUUUCUAAUAGUCCAGCUGAGAAUUUUGGGAAGUUUGGUGGAAAUGAAUAACAAUAAAAAUAAUGUAUAUGUAUAUCUUAAGCACUGUCAAGAUUAAUGGACUGUGGGGCUGCCUUUGAUGGUGGUCAAACCACCUCAUGUGCCAUUGGCCUAAGAAUAAACCUGAAAGUGAAUAGGUGGGAUCUUCUUUCACAGGAAACACUUUAAGGAAGUACAAGAUUAAAAUAAACUGGUACCUCAAGUCAUGAGAAGUCUUUUUAAUGAUGGUAUCUCAAUUGUGAACACCACCAUUCUUAUAUGAGAUCAUGUGGCCACAUCUGUGGUUAGGGAAGAGGCUACAAAACUGUAGGCAUACGAGUAAAUGACAAAUUCUUGAGGGUUGACAAACUGCCCCCCUAUUUUCAUAUUUCUGUUGCCUUGUUUUGGGGAAAUGGGCCUGAGCAAAUGGUGGUGCUCCAAUGGGCUCCAACACAAACAUCUGAUAUUGGCUAAAGGAUAUUUGGGGUAUUAAUUAAUGGGAAAGUAAAUGAGCAGGAGGA